AAUCAUUGUUAUUAGCUUUUCUUCUUUUUAUUUUUUAAAAUCUGCAUGUCUAUAAUCCGUAAACCUUCAGGGUUUAUUGUCCUGCGGUUUUCCUGGCAUGCAGAGACUGCAUGUAUUUAGCGAUUUACGUAUUGGGUCAGUGUCAGGUUUUCUGGCUGUUUUAGCUGCUGUGGGAUGAAGGGGGGGAGGAGGAGGUGAUUGCACCGAGCGGCUGUGACGGGCACACGCAGCCAGUGGACGUGGAUGCUCUGUUUGGUUGGCCGCAUCUCUCCGCUGGCACCAUGGCAGAGCUUCAUUAGUGCUCAGCCUCUACGUAUCUCUCCUGUGUGCUGCUUCUUACCACCGGAGCCGAUGAAUUUCAAAGCGUCGUUUGAGAGGACACAGCCAGCCCUCCCAAGCGUUGGAGCAGCGAUACCAAGCGGCUAAAGACUGCUUUAAAUCCCCCUAGCCCCCCAAAAAAGAAAAGAAAAGCAAAGAAAAAAAAGAGGCAAACUAUGCCAGCAGCACCAGAGUCAAUCCCCCUGGUGACUUGCCAGCUCAUUGGUCAGACUCGCGUCCCUGUCCAUAUUGGCAGGUCCAUGCCACUGGAUGCCCCUCACGGAGCCGCACCCACACCAUGAGCGCCAGCGGGCCUACCCCAGACCCAGCCCCAACAGCCCCAGAAGCCCCUCCAACCUCGACUCCGGCCCCUGCUCCGACCCCAGUUCCCGCACCCGCGGCCCCGGCUGCUCCGCCGGCCCCGCCUGCCCCACCUGCCCCAUCAUCCUCAACCAUCCCGGUGGGUGCGUUGGCACAGAAGAAGCGGCAGCAAUAUGCCAAAAGCAAGAAACAGGGCAGUAAUGCCAACAGCAGGCCGCCACGGGCUUUGUUCUGCCUCAACCUCAACAAUCCCAUACGCAGGGCCUGCAUCAGCCUGGUGGAGUGGAAGCCAUUUGAUAUCUUUAUACUAAUUGCUAUAUUUGCCAACUGUAUGGCCUUAGCUGUCUAUGUCCCUUUUCCCGAAGACGAUUCCAACUCCACAAACCACGACCUGGAAACAGUCGAGUAUGCCUUCCUCAUCAUUUUCACAAUUGAGACGUUUCUGAAGAUUAUCGCUUAUGGUUUGGUGAUGCAUCAAAAUGCCUACGUGAGAAACGGUUGGAACAUGCUGGAUUUCGUCAUUGUCGUCAUUGGCCUCUUCAGUGUUGUCUUGGAGAUUCUGACCAAAGAUGAGAAGGCAGACGGUGAGGGAGAGGAAAACCACCCGUCCAUGCACGGUCACGGCGGUAAACCCGGUGGAUUUGACGUGAAAGCCCUUCGAGCCUUCCGUGUGCUGCGUCCCCUGCGGCUGGUCUCAGGAGUACCCAGUUUACAAGUGGUGUUGAACUCCAUCAUUAAAGCCAUGGUCCCUCUCCUUCAUAUUGCCCUCCUGGUCUUGUUUGUCAUCAUAAUCUAUGCUAUUAUUGGCCUGGAGCUUUUCAUUGGUAAAAUGCACGCAACCUGCUACCUUCCUGGCUCAGACAUCAUAGCAGAGGAGGAUGCUGCUCCAUGUGCGAUCUCAGGGCACGGGCGGCAAUGCCCCAUCAAUGGCACCGAAUGCAGAGAAGGCUGGCAAGGCCCCAACGGCGGCAUCACCAACUUUGACAACUUCUUGUUUGCCAUGCUGACAGUAUUUCAGUGCAUCACCAUGGAGGGCUGGACGGACGUGCUCUACUGGAUGAACGAUGCUAUGGGCUUUGAGCUUCCAUGGGUGUACUUUGUCAGUCUCGUGAUCUUCGGCUCCUUUUUCGUUCUUAACCUGGUUUUGGGUGUGUUGAGCGGAGAGUUCUCCAAAGAGAGGGAAAAGGCCAAAGCUCGCGGAGACUUCCAGAAGCUGCGUGAGAAGCAGCAGCUGGAGGAGGACCUGAAGGGUUACCUGGACUGGAUCACUCAGGCUGAAGAUAUCGACCCUGACAAUGAGGAUGAGGCGGAUGAGGAGUGUAAACGCAACCGGGUGACUCUGGCUGACCUUACUGAGAAGAAGAAGGGAAGGUUUGGGUGGUUCAGCCAGUCGUCCGACACUCAUGCAAGUGUUCCGGCCAGCGAAACAGAAUCUGUGAACACAGAGAAUCAAAAUGGGGAAGAUGAGAAGACACCAUGCUGCGGACCUCUGUGUCAAAAAAUUUCAAAGUCAAAGUUCAGUCGGCGCUGGCGCCGCUGGAACAGGUUCUGCCGCAGAAAGUGCCGGUUGGCCGUCAAAUCGGUGCCUUUCUAUUGGCUGGUCAUCAUCCUGGUUUUCCUCAACACCCUCACCAUAUCGUCGGAGCACUACAACCAGCCUUUGUGGCUGACACAAGUGCAAGAUGUGGCCAAUAAAGUCCUGCUAGCACUGUUCACUUGCGAGAUGUUGGUGAAGAUGUACAGUCUGGGCCUGCAGGCCUAUUUUGUUUCACUCUUCAACCGCUUUGACUGCUUUGUGGUGUGUGGAGGGAUCACCGAGACCAUCCUGGUGGAGCUGGAGAUCAUGUCGCCCCUCGGGAUCUCCGUGUUCCGCUGCGUGCGCUUGCUGAGGAUUUUCAAGGUCACACGCCACUGGCAGUCACUCAGCAACCUGGUGGCUUCUCUCCUCAACUCCAUGAAGUCCAUUGCUUCCCUGCUGCUGCUGCUCUUCCUCUUUAUUAUCAUCUUCUCGCUGCUGGGCAUGCAGGUGUUCGGAGGAAAGUUCAACUUUGAUGAGACCCAAACCAAGAGAAGCACCUUUGACAACUUUCCACAAGCGCUACUCACCGUCUUUCAGAUCUUGACCGGAGAAGACUGGAACGCAGUCAUGUAUGAUGGCAUCAUGGCGUACGGAGGCCCUUCCUCUUCUGGCAUGAUUUUAUGCUUUUACUUCAUCAUCCUCUUCAUUUGUGGAAACUACAUCCUCCUGAAUGUCUUCUUGGCCAUCGCUGUGGACAACUUGGCAGAUGCAGAGUCUCUCAACACAGAUGAAGGAGAUAAGAAAGGGGACAAAAAGGAUGAGAAAGAUGAAAAGGAUGAAGAAGAAGACAAUGACGACACCGCAGCAGAGGAGGAAGACCCGGAAGUCCCAGCAGGACCUCGGCCAGUCAUCUCCGAUUUGGUCAAGAAGGAGAAGAUUACUCCCAUUCCAGAGGGAAGUGCCUUUUUUAUCUUCAGCAACACUAACCCAGUUCGUGUGUUUUGCCACAAGCUCAUCAAUCACCACAUCUUCACUAACCUCAUCCUGGUGUUCAUCAUGCUCAGCUCCGUCUCACUCGCCGCAGAGGAUCCCAUCCGAAAUUUCUCCGCCCGCAAUAUUAUACUUGGUUACUUUGACUAUGCUUUCACGGCUAUCUUUACUGUUGAGAUCGUUUUGAAGGUCCUAGGCUAUGCAGAUUAUGUCUUCACUAGUAUGUUUACAUUUGAGAUCAUAUUGAAGAUGACGACAUACGGAGCUUUUCUCCAUAAAGGAGCUUUCUGUCGGAACUACUUCAACCUUCUCGACCUGUUAGUUGUGGGAGUGUCUUUAGUCUCCUUUGGCAUACAGUCGUCUGCCAUAUCAGUGGUGAAGAUUCUCCGGGUCCUUCGUGUCCUGAGACCCUUGAGAGCCAUCAAUCGAGCCAAAGGCCUGAAACACGUGGUGCAGUGUGUGUUUGUGGCCAUCAGGACCAUCGGCAACAUCAUGAUUGUCACCACUCUUCUCCAGUUCAUGUUCGCCUGCAUUGGGGUGCAGCUCUUCAAGGGAAAGUUCUAUCGCUGCACAGAUGAAGCCAAGUCGAGCCCAGAGGAGUGCAAAGGCACGUACAUCCUGUAUAAGGACGGCGACGUGAACCAGCCCACCAUCCACAAACGAGUGUGGCACAACAGUGACUUCAACUUUGACAACGUGCUGAUGGCCAUGAUGGCUCUAUUCACCGUGUCUACCUUUGAAGGCUGGCCAGCGUUACUAUACAAGGCAAUCGACUCCAACAGGGAGAACCUCGGGCCCAUUUACAACUACCGCGUGGAGAUUUCCAUCUUCUUCAUCAUCUACAUCAUCAUCAUCGCCUUCUUCAUGAUGAACAUCUUUGUAGGUUUUGUGAUCGUCACGUUUCAAGAGCAAGGAGAGAAGGAGUAUAAAAACUGUGAACUAGACAAGAACCAGCGUCAGUGUGUGGAGUACGCUCUGAAAGCCCGUCCUCUGAGGAGGUACAUCCCCAAGAACCCAUACCAGUACAAGUUCUGGUAUGUGGUCAACUCUACGGGCUUUGAGUACAUCAUGUUUGUGCUCAUCAUGCUCAACACGCUCUGCUUGGCUGUACAGCACUACGGCCAGUCGGCGCUGUUUAACUAUGUCAUGGACAUCCUCAACAUGGUCUUCACUGCUGUUUUCACUGUGGAAAUGGUUCUCAAGCUUAUUGCUUUUAAACCCAGGCACUAUUUCGCCGAUGCUUGGAACACAUUUGAUGCCUUAAUUGUCGUCGGUAGCGUCGUCGAUAUUGCUAUCACUGAAGUCAACCCAACAGAGACUCCUCAGGUGGAUGAACUGGGGAACACGGAGGACAGCGCCCGCAUCUCCAUCACCUUCUUCCGUCUCUUUCGAGUCAUGAGGCUCGUCAAGCUGCUCAGCAGAGGGGAGGGCAUCCGCACUCUUCUUUGGACCUUCAUCAAAUCCUUCCAGGCUCUGCCAUACGUCGCUCUUCUGAUAGCGAUGCUUUUCUUCAUCUAUGCUGUCAUUGGAAUGCAGGUCUUUGGGAAAAUUGCAAUGGUGGAUGGCACGCACAUCAACAGAAACAAUAACUUCCAGACCUUCCCUCAGGCCGUGCUCCUCCUCUUCAGAUGUGCCACUGGAGAGGCGUGGCAAGAGAUCAUGUUGGCCUGCAUGCCGGGAAAGUUGUGUGACCCCGAAUCGGACUACAACCCCGGGGAGGAGAUGACAUGUGGCAGUGGAUUUGCAAUCAUUUACUUCAUCACCUUCUACAUGCUGUGCGCAUUUUUGAUUAUUAAUUUGUUUGUGGCUGUCAUCAUGGACAACUUUGACUAUUUAACACGGGAUUGGUCCAUUCUUGGUCCACACCACUUGGAUGAAUUCAAGAGAAUUUGGUCGGAGUAUGACCCGGAGGCCAAGGGACGAAUUAAACAUCUGGACGUGGUAACACUUCUUCGACGAAUCCAGCCUCCUCUGGGAUUUGGUAAACUGUGUCCUCAUCGAGUGGCUUGCAAGAGACUGGUGGCCAUGAAUAUGCCUCUCAACAGCGAUGGCACGGUGAUGUUUAAUGCGACUCUUUUUGCACUGGUGCGAACAGCCCUCAAGAUCAAAACUGAAGGUAAAAAUCAACGCUUCGUGGACGAAUGGCCAGUUGUUAUUAUUGCAACUCGUGAUCAUAUGUCUAAAAAAAUGGGUUGUCUCGGUGCAGGUAAUCUGGAGCAGGCCAACGAGGAGCUCCGGGCUGUCAUCAAAAAAAUCUGGAAGAGAACCAGCAUGAAGCUACUGGAUCAAGUGGUGCCGCCUGCUGGUGAUGAUGAGGUAACCGUGGGGAAGUUCUAUGCCACCUUCCUGAUACAGGACUACUUUAGGAAAUUCAAGAAACGUAAAGAGGAAGGCCUGGUGGGUGCACACCCCUCCCAGAACAGCACAGCCAUUGCACUGCAGGCUGGGCUGCGCACUCUCCAUGAUAUUGGCCCCGAAAUUCGCCGAGCGAUAUCAUGUGACCUGCAAGAUGAUGAACUAGUAGACUUUAUACCAGAGGAAGACGAGGAAAUAUAUAGGCGUAAUGGCGGACUGUUUGGCAACCACCUGAUGAACGGAGGUCAUCGGCGAUCCAAUGGCCACCAGACCAACGCGACGCAGCGGCCUCUGCAGGUGCAGCCGCCCCCUCACUACGCUCACAUGGAGCAACCGGUGGGCCGGCUUUCUCGAGCCAACGCCAUGUCCCACGCCAACCACCGUCACCAUCACCACCACCACCAUCACCGCCACCACAACAACUCCUACGGCAAGUCACCGAAAUCCACCAACAUCAACCUCAACAAUGCCAACAAGUCCAGUUUACCCAAUGGGGGCCACCAUCGCUACUAUGAACACGCCCCUCCCAAUGGCUACCCAGGUCACCGCGGCUCCUACUAUGACUAUGAAAAGGCCCGGACCCCACAAGCUCAAAGAAGGCGCUACUAUGAGACCUAUGUUAGGUCCCACGGUGGGGAUAGACGGCAUCCUACCAUCCGCAGAGAGGAGGAGGUGGAUGAAGAUCAUUUGUCCGGCGAGUAUUUCAGUGGAGAGGAGUUUUAUGAAGAUGACAGCAUGCUCUCAGGGGACAGGUACCAGAACAGUGAUACAGAGUAUGAGACUCCCAAAGGGUACCAUCAUCCUGACAGUUACUAUGAUGAUGACGAACAGCCCCUCUACUGUGACUCAAGGAGGUCCCCAAAAAGACGUUUGCUCCCUGCCACGCCUGAAGGCUUGAAUGGUCACAGGAGGCCCUCUUUCAACUUUGAGUGUCUGCGCAGGCAGGGUAGCCAGGAUGAGCUUCCACAUCAACGUACUGCCCUACCACUGCACCUUAUGCAGCACCAGGUCAUGGCUGUAGCAGGCUUGGACUCCAGCAGAGCCCACCGCCUCUCCCCAACGCGCUCCACCCGCUCCUGGGCCACGCCCCCUGCAACCCCAGCCAGUAAAGACCAGUCACCGUACUACACCCCCCUCAUCCGCGUAGAUCACCCACACAGGGAUAGCACCGCCAGCAGCCACGUAUCGGUGCGCAAGAGCUCCUGGUACUCUGACGACCCCGAGUUCACGCAGAGGACAUACUCGCCCAUCCACCUGCAGGUGCCGCCCGAGUACCACAGCCAGUACCAACAGAAGCGAGGAAGCGCCACCAGCCUCGUUGAAGCGGUUUUAAUAUCAGAGGGCCUCGGGAGGUACGCCAAGGAUCCCAAGUUUGUUGCCGCCACCAAGCACGAGAUCGCGGACGCCUGCGAGAUGACGAUCGAUGAGAUGGAGAGCGCGGCCAGUCACUUGCUGAAUGGCGGCAUGGCGCCCGUUAUCAACGGGGUCAACGUGUUCCCUCUUCUGACAGCGGGGGGCUUCGACCUGCAGGACCCGGUUGCCAGCUACAGCGACGACGAACCCGAGACGGAACCCAGGGCUCCCUACGAAGAGGACCUGGCCGACGAGAUGAUUUGCAUCACAACUUUAUAGCAGAAAAAGGACCCUUGGCAGACUACGAUCAGUGAAAAUACAAGACUAAUUGUAUUCAUAGGCUCUGACCAAAAGAAGUGCCUUCAGUCUGAAGAGAAAGGCAUAGAGAAGAGAGACACACACGAGUCUCGAGCUUUUUGAAAGGAAACUUCUCUCCCUGCCAGCAAAGAACGUCACGGUACAGACCCCUGCGGAGCACCGAGGGGCCAUCUUGACCUUCCUUCCUGUCAAAGGGCUUGAGCUGGGGGUCCAGGCAGAGACCAUCCAGGAUAAGUGGCGCGGACUUGCCAUGCUCUUUUGGGCUGGUGUGUUCGGGUGAUGACAAUCAGAUGUACGAUGUCAUUACCUCAGUCGCUUUAUUAAAGGUUUGGCAUAUCAUGCAAGUUUUCAAUGCAAGCAUAGAAAGGCAUAUCUCCUCCCCCAGACCCCCCGCCCCCUUUGAGUCUGAUUUAAUCCCUUUGUCCCGUGAUACUAACAGUAGUCGUGCUGCAGCCGAGUCACACAGCAAAGAGUUGCGACAAACGGAAUUAUGCAGGAACUAACGUGUUAACCUUUUUGAAGCGACUAAAAAGCAUUUGCGAGAAAUGCACUAGUAGGCAGGUUGUUUGAAAUUGUAGAAUAGCCUGGUUAAUAUUUCCUAGCUGAGGUGCUGUAAAUUGUAUUAUAAAAUACGUGACACUUUGUAAAGAGAUAUUCUAUAUUUUGUAAUUAGGUAUGAUUUCAAUGAUCAGCAAUAUGGACCAUUCUGAUGUGCGAUAAAAUCAGACCACCAUUGAUUAUGUACCAUUUGCUGCAUUUGAUUUGUCUUUUAUGUACUGUGUUAAUACACAGCAUUUAUUUUCGCAGUUUUUUUCCCCUCCAAAAUAUUUAUUUAUUUAUGUAUUUAUUUUGCCUGCGGUCGCAGUUUUAAGAGGUUCUGCUUUUGUGAGCAACAUUAACUGCACAAGUCAAGCAGUUUUUUACUUCUUAGCACAAGAGAAGUCGUCAUUGUAUGGUUUCAAGUGAAAAGCCUUUUUUAAAUGGCGAGCCCCGUGAUCCCCCGUGCUGGCAUGCUGAACAGAUGCAGCCAAUGCAUUUGUUUGCGUCUUUAUUUUUAAUGAAAUUGAUGCUGCUUUAUUCUUUGUUCUUCAAAACCUUAGUAGGGUUGCUCCCGAUUAAAAUGCCUUUUUGCUGCUGAAAGAAGACAAAAAGAUGGAUGGUAGAGCUAAAAUAAUGGAGGUCUAAAUGAUUUUCCAUCAAAGCUGGUGCUGGGGUUUUUGCGAAUGACUGAUGAGUCCUUUUAAGACUUUCUGUGAAAUUUCAUCUUGAGUGUGUGAGGGCUGCGUCCACUUUGGUGGCAGGAGUCGGUGAAGCGGAUGGGAAGUGAUCUGUUGAGAGGCGAAGCAAUAUUAAAAGAGACCCCCACCCCUUCCUCACACCCUCCCCCCCUGCCUACCUGGCGUCGAGUAUACCUCGUUUGGCAAAGGUGACAACAUAUCAUUGUCUCAAUGUAUCAAUGUGUCCCACUGGGGAGUCUUAAAACAGGGUUAACGGUAGAUGUGCAUGUAACGUGGCAAGAAGCCGAAACUGGAUGGACAAUGAACACAAGUGAACUUUCAUUCCAGGAUGCAGUGCUAACUAAAGUAGGCUUUGCCAUGACGAGUUUAACUAAGCGUCAAGAACAUUUAGGGUUCAUGUGAUCUGUUGUAGGUGUUUGCUUCCGUCGGCGUGUGCGUGCUCUGUCUGCUACUUUAACCGUCAUGACAAUGUCGAUUUUCCAUGAUGUGUGCACAUUGAAAGGGCUCUUUGAAAUGUUUGUGCGUUUAAAAAAAAACAACAACAACAACAACAACGAUAAAUGUGUUCUCGUCCUUUUGCAGCUGACAAAAGGAAUGCACAUAACUGGCACAUUGUCCUAUUCGUAGCAAUUGAUGAACUGAAAAUAUGCAUUAUUUUGUAAACACUUUUAAGCAUUGAGUUAAUCUAAAGAUGAAAAGAACUUACUUUUACCUCAAGUCAGGGAUUCCUGAAAAAAAAGAGUAAAUAGUAACUUGGUUGAGUCUUAAGUAUUAGCACAUAGCUGUUUGUCUCUACACACGUAAGUGUAUUGUGCUUCUGUUUCUCCUUUUUCUAAAACUGAUUUGUGUAUUAAGGUGAGACAAUUUUGUACUUUUUGGUGACUGUGUGUAUGGUUUAGUGGAAUCUACAGUAUAGUUGUCAUUCACACCUCAUCUUACAAUGCUGGGAAUGAAAGAGAGUCAGAAGAAUAUUUUUAAGGUGCGUCGUUGCUCUGCUAGGAGAACAAAAAAAUGGAUUACAUUACCAGUUUACAGAGAAACGCACUGUUUCUAUCACUUUUCUUCACAUGGUUAUAUAUAGAAUUACUUUUAUUAACGUUCUUAAAUCUGUAUUGAAAUAGAAGGUGUAAAAUAUGUACAAAUUAUUGGAAAGACCCAUGGUAAUGUUCUCGACUUGAAAGUCUUGAUAUUUGCUCUUAAAUGUUUCUUUUUGGUUGGCAUCAAUCUCUUAGUAGCAAAUGCUUUAAUAUAUCACAUUGGGUUUCAUAACAAUGAAUUUUUCAUUUGAGUUGGGCCUUGUCUUUAUUGAAAUCAAUUAAGUUAUUUAUUUUCUAAUGAGCAUCAUUGAAUAAACUUAUGCUGAAUUAUG